GGCCGCAGGCGCUGCGCAGGCGGGCCGGAGAGUGCCCGGGUAACGGGGUGUGGAAGGAAACGCAGCAUCGCUCCGGGACACGGCUCCCGGCCGCACCCCGGGACCUGGGGGGUGACCCCGGCCGGGCCCGGGCACGGCGGCCGCAGCGCCGGCGGAGGGGCUGAGCCGCCAGAGCUGGCAGCGUGUGGCUCCUCCCGUCCUUUGUUGGCCUGCAACCGGAGCAGCGGCCGCGGGCUCUUCCCCCGGCUGCCCUUCGAGGCCUGAGGCGCUCGGGCACGGGGAGAGCCCGACGGGCCCCGGGGAGCGUCUCCCACGGCACCCGGGCGGCGCCGGCUUCGGCGCGGAGGAGAUCGGCCCGGCGGCCGGCGCGGCUCUGCCCGCCGGCAGCGCUCGGAAACCCCCCCGAGCUGUGCGGGCUGCGGGAGGCCGCGACCUGGCCCCGGCCCCGCGGCGCUCGGCGGCCCCGCAGCCUCCCCGCCCCCGGCACUCUCCAGGGAGCCGUUCCACACGGAAUCACACGGGAGCGUCUCCCCAUCUGUGCCGCCGAACACCCCCACCCCCACCGCCCAGCCCCGCAGCCUCCUGCCAUUAUGUUCCUCCGACGCGGGGCCGGGCCGCACCGCGGGCCGUAGCCCUGCCCGAGCCCGCCGGCUCCGGCCGCAGCAGUUGCAGGUGCAGCCAGGGGCAGAGGGGCUUUGUCGGGGUCGCCCACCCAGCCGGAGGGAGCCCUGCACAGCAGCAUCUCCCGCAGCCUCCGAGAGGAGGGGGUUUCAGCGCGUAGGCGGAGGUGGUUACUGGUGUUCCCAGAGCAAGGGCCUAUUGAUUUGGGCUGCCUUUAACCCUUUGGUGUUUGCAGAGGUAAUGCGGCUGUGGCAGUAACUGAGCACUGGCUAAAAAAAUCCUUCAAAGGUCAAGGUUCACAAGAUUUGCUUACAAUCAAAUACAUGGCCAUGGGGGAUAUGAAGACCCCAGAUUUUGAUGACCUUCUUGCAGCCUUUGACAUACCAGACAUGGUAGAUCCCAAAGCAGCUAUUGAAUCUGGACAUGAUGACCACGAAAGCCACAUAAAACAAAAUGCUCACGCAGAUGAAGACUCCCAUGUCCCAUCAUCAUCUGAUGUUGGGGUGAGCGUCAUUGUGAAAAAUGUGCGUACUAUUGAUUCUUCCGAAGGUCUGGAUAAGGAUGGCCACCAUUCCACAGGCAAUAGCUUGCACAACGGCUUUCUAACAUCAGCAGCUCUUGAGAGUUACAGUAAAGAUGAAGGGAAAUCACUUAAAGAUGAUGGGUCAGCUUCUGAGACUACGCUGAAGGAUUCAGCUUUCAACCAGUUCAGCCCAAUAUCAAGUGCGGAAGAAUUUGAUGAUGAUGAGAGAAUUGAGGUGGAUGACCCCCCAGAUAAAGAAGAGAUACGUGCAAAUUUCAGAGCAAAUGUCUUGGCGGGAUCUCUAUCGCAGCAGGAAUAUGACAAACUAAAGGCACUUGGAGGGGAGAACUUAAUUAAAUCUGGAAUCACUGUUUCAAGUAGUAUAGAUAAAAAUAAAACCGGUAAACGAGAGACAGAGACAAGUUCCAUGAAUUUAGGUGUCUAUGAGCCUUUUAAAACUCGAAAAACAGAGGACAAGUUACUAAAAGACACUUCUGAGAAGCUUCUUGAAAACAGGGUACUUGAUGGAAAACUGAGUACUGAAAAAUGUGACACAAAUCUUGCCAGCAUUUCCCAGUCCAAAGCAAAGUCAUCAGCAAAGCUUUCGUCCUGCAUUGCUGCAAUUGCAGCACUGAGUGCUAAAAAGGCAGCUACAGAUAGCAGUAAAGAUUUACAGUCUAAUUCAGGAGAGUCUUCUCCAUUACCAAAAGACAUGAGUGAAAGUCCCCGGGCUAUUGAAAAAUCUCCUGAGUCUCAGAGUCUCAUUGAUGGUGCUAAGAAGCCGUCUGUCAAACCGCCCGAUAGUCCCAGAAGCGUCUCAAGUGAGAACAGCAGCAAAGGGUCUCCGUCUUCUCCCGCAGGGUCAACACCAGCAAUUCCUAAGGUUCGCAUAAAAACCAUCAAGACUUCUUCUGGGGAGAUCAAGAGAACUGUUACUAGAGUGUUGCCAGAAGUUGAUUUGGACUCUGGUAAAAAGCCAGAGCAGAGUGCUUCCAUGGUAACCUCCAUGACAUCUCUCCUGUCCUCACCAACUUCCGCUGCUGUUCUCUCCUCUCCUCCCAGAGCUCCUCUGCAGUCCUCAGUUGUCACCAAUGCAGUUGGAUCUGCAGAACUUGCCCCCAAGCAGGUCACUAUCAAACCCGUGGCUACUGCCUUCCUGCCCGUUUCAGCAGUGAAAACUGCAGGUUCCCAAGUGAUCAAUCUGAAGCUGGCUAACAACACCACAGUGAAAGCCACUGUCAUCUCUGCUGCAUCCGUGCAGAGCGCCAGCAGCGCCAUUAUCAAAGCUGCCAACGCCAUCCAGCAGCAGACGGUCGUGGUGCCAGCAUCGAGCCUUGCCAGUGCCAAACUCGUGCCAAAGACAGUCCAUCUUGCCAACCUUAACCUUUUGCCUCAGGGUGCUCAAACCACCUCUGAACUGCGCCAAGUGCUAACAAAACCCCAGCAGCAAAUCAAGCAGGCAAUAAUUUCUGCAGCCACCUCCCAGCCUUCAAAAAAAGUGUCUCGAGUGCAGGUGGUGUCAUCUCUCCAGAGCUCUGUAGUGGAAGCAUUCAAUAAGGUGCUGAGCAGUGUCAAUCCCGUACCAGUUUACGUCCCAAACCUCAGCCCCCCUGCCAAUGCUGGAAUCACACUACCGACACGAGGGUACAAGUGCUUGGAGUGCGGCGACUCGUUUGCUCUCGAGAAGAGCCUGACCCAGCAUUACGACAGGAGGAGCGUGCGAAUUGAAGUGACUUGUAAUCAUUGUACAAAGAAUUUAGUUUUCUACAAUAAAUGUAGUCUCCUGUCCCAUGCUCGUGGGCACAAGGAGAAAGGCGUCGUGAUGCAGUGUUCCCACCUGAUCCUAAAACCAGUCCCAGCAGAUCAAAUGAUAGCAUCUCCUUCCAGCAAUACUGCUGUGGCCGUGCUCCAGAGCGCAGGGGGAGCUGGCACGCACUCCCUAACAAAGAUCCAGACUGGCUUAACUGGGACAGUGAUCUCGGCCCCCGCGAGCUCUCCUGUCAUUCCAGCUAUGCCGCUAGACGAAGAUCCAUCAAAACUCUGUAGACAUAGUCUAAAGUGUUUGGAGUGCAAUGAAGUUUUCCAAGAUGAGACAUCUCUUGCAACUCAUUUCCAGCAGGCCGCAGACACAAGUGGACAAAAGACAUGCAAUAUCUGCCAGAUGCUGCUUCCUAACCAGUGCAGUUUUGCAUCACACCAGAGAAUUCAUCAGCAUAAAUCUCCAUACACGUGUCCUGAAUGUGGAGCAAUCUGCAGAUCUGUCCACUUCCAGACCCAUGUCACUAAGAACUGCCUGCAUUAUACCCGAAGAGUUGGGUUUCGCUGCGUGCACUGCAAUGUCGUGUACUCUGACGUGGCGGCACUCAAGUCUCACAUUCAAGGUUGUCACUGUGAAGUCUUUUACAAGUGUCCUAUCUGUCCCAUGGCAUUUAAAUCUGCUCCCAGCACACACUCCCAUGCCUACACACAACACCCGGGUAUCAAGAUAGGCGAACCAAAAAUAAUAUAUAAAUGCUCUAUGUGUGACACUGUGUUUACUCUACAACCUUUGCUCUAUCGCCACUUUGAUCAGCACAUUGAAAACCAGAAGGUGUCUGUUUUCAAGUGUCCAGACUGUUCUCUUCUAUAUGCACAGAAACAGCUUAUGAUGGAUCAUAUCAAGUCUAUGCAUGGAACUUUGAAAAGUGUCGAGGGGCCACCAAACCUGGGGAUAAAUCUGCCUCUUAGUACUAAACCCACAACUCAAAACUCAGCCAGUCACAACAAGGAGGACACAAAAUCUAUCAAUGGAACAGAAAAGUUGGAGAAGAAAUCUCCUUCUCCCAUAAAGAAAGCAGAACCUAAAAAAGUCACUAGCCCUGGCUGGACAUGUUGGGAGUGUGACAGGCUCUUCACUCAGAGGGACGUUUACAUCUCCCACAUGAGGAAAGAACAUGGAAAGCAAAUGAAGAAACAUCCUUGUCGGCAAUGUGACAAAUCUUUCAGUUCGUCCCACAGCUUAUGUCGGCACAAUCGUAUCAAGCACAAAGGCAUUAGGAAGGUUUAUACGUGCUCGCACUGCCCAGAUUCCAGACGUACUUUUACCAAGAGGCUGAUGCUGGAAAAACAUAUUCAGUUGAUGCACGGCAUUAAAGACCCUGAUGUGAAAGAAAUGACUGAAUCUACCAACAUGGAAGAAAGGGAAGUAAAAGAAGACACAAAGGUUCCUAGUCCAAAGCGUAAAUUGGAAGAACCUGUAAUAGAGUUCAGACCUCCACGAGGUGCAAUCACUCAGCCAUUAAAGAAGCUGAAGAUAAAUGUUUUUAAAGUUCACAAGUGUGCAGUUUGUGGCUUUACAACAGAAAAUCUUCUCCAGUUUCAUGAACAUAUUCCUCAGCAUAAAUCUGAUGGCUCUUCGUACCAAUGCAGGGAAUGUGGACUCUGCUACACAUCUCAUGUGUCCCUUUCCAGACACCUCUUCAUUGUACAUAAGCUGAAGGAGCCUCAGCCAGUAUCAAAGCAGAAUGGGUCUGGGGAGGAUAAUCAGCAGGAAAACAAACCCAGCCACGAGGACGACUCUUCCAACAGUGUGGCCUCAGACAGACGAUGCAAAGUGUGCGCAAAGACUUUUGAAACUGAAGCGGCCUUAAACACUCACAUGAGAACACAUGGCAUGGCCUUCAUCAAGUCCAAAAGAAUGAGUUCAGCUGACAAGUGAUCAGAUUGUUUGGGAUGCAGAAAUCUCACUCCACAUUGGAAUACUAAUGACAUUUUUGCUACAGAAAGUUCAAGGUAUAAUAGUAUUAACAGUACUGUUCAGGCUGUUGCAAUAUAUUCUGCAUAAAAGUGUCCCCUUCACCUCAUUGUCUAUACCCUCAGAACCAUUGAAGCAGUAUUUGAGUUGAAAAAUGUUUGUAUAUAUUUAAACUAAUAAUUUUUAUACUCUUUGGUUAUGUGUUUGUAUCAGUAACUAGUGGAAAAAUUUUUUUUUUCUGGUUAUUUUCUGUUCUUUUGUAGUAAGUUUCUUUAAAACAGAGUUCUGAAUGCCAGGGCAGUUCCUUAGGUUCUCUUAAACUGUUUGGUUUUUGAAUGCUUCUGAAAGAAAAUUUAGCUAAUGGAAGUUUAGCAUCAAGAGGAGGUGCUAGGAGGGGAGAGGAGAGAGGAAGCAAGCUCAGGGGAGGGUCCAAGAACUUGGACCUCCAAAUGUCUAAGGAAGCUUUUAAACUUUUUCUUACAAAAUACAUUAUAAAAAAAGACAAAAGUACCACUGCACGUGUAAAAUAAAGUGCUGGUUUUUAGGUGGCAACACCAGAACAGGUGCAGACCUCCUGGAGUGGUGAAGUACUUUUGAAGAGUAUAAAUGCACAACUCUGAGUAUCAUGAAGUGACAUUUUUAGGUCACCAGGUGCUUGUGAUCAAAGCUCAAAUUGUUACAAAUGGGCUGGGCUGCUCUGGAUUUAAGAAAUAAGAUGUAAUUAGAGGAAUAGGUUUAUAAUGAUGAUGUUUUUUGUCAUGUAAUUUAUUAAACAUGCAGAAGUGAGUACGCAGCAUUAUGUAUUUUCCUUGCUGGUUAUUGCAAGGAAAUAGUUGACCCUUGCUGCAGGGGUUGGGAUUUGCCAGCUCCAUCUGAUCAUGCCAAACGUUCUGGUGCUCAGUGUCACACACAGCCACAACUGGGAAGGAGCCAGCCCCAGCCAGGAGUGGGACUGGGGCCUGCAGCUUUAGCACGGGCCAGACAUUGCAAACUCCUGUCCAGCACCACUAGUUUUGCUUGCACAAGUACAAAAAGGUACCAUACUGUCCCUUUCAGAUAGAGUUCUCUGUGAGAGUAUAUUUUUAGUUUGUUUUUGCAUUUUAUACCUUGUAUGUAACCCUACAAAAAAUUUUUGUACUUUUUUUUAAAACAAAUUGUGUAUAUAUAGAUAGCUGCAUGAUAAACAGUAGUAAUUGUUGGGUUCCUUAAAAGUCUUGCUGCUGUCAGAUGUUACUAUACACUAUGUCCAUUACGACUGUAUUAAACACAUUUCAUAUGUAAAUAAAUGUGGAGCAUUUUGCCCCCAAAAA